CAUUCUGUACGGCCUGAUUUUGAUGUAACUUUAUCAGGAAGCCUAUGACGCUUACCUAUCGACACAGUAUAGCAAUAUGCUAUCGAUUAGAGAAAGCAUCUCCAAAAAUGUUGCUCGAUUAUUUUUACUGGACUUCCAAAAAGGAGGUUUUAUACUAUGGUUGUGCAGUGGCGUUGCGUUCAUUUGCUUCACGUGUUUUGGUUAGGUGAGAUCUUUGGUUUUGGUACCAACAAACGAUUAUUUUAUUUUCCAUCCAAAGCACGCAACUUAUGUUCUUUUAUUAAAAAAAAUAACGUCAGUUGUUGUUCAAUUCAAAUUAAGUCAAAGUUGCAAUGACUUAACUGUCAUUUCUUAUGUUCUCAGAAGUCACAAGCGUUAGGAAAUUAAUUUAUAAUUACUGUAAAUUAAGUUUUUCUUUCCCAAAAAUAUUACUUAUGUAUGUAACAUACCUACCUCAGACGUUUCUGUAAAAACGAAGCAAGGUGGUCGUAUGAAAAGUGCCAAAGAUGGAGUUUGAGGACGAAUUAGAAGACCUGGUGGUGCUGCUGGACGUGGACAAGAACAAAUAUACGGACGAGUACGAGGUGUUGCAAGACCUAAUAACUAUAGAAGACGAAGGCAUUAUGGAUAUAUCUUGUAAAUUACAACAGAAAGACUUCGAUGAGUAUGUCAGCUCUCUUCAAAAAGAUACAGCUAUACUUCCACAGUCAUUUUGUAGAAUAAAUCAAAAUAUUAAGCUGUUAAACAGAUGUCGCCCUUUGACGAUCCAGGUGGUAGAUUGUAAGAAGUUUAAGAUAUUCUACAACGACAAACUGGCUGAGGAUCUUAAGACAAGAGAAAAUUUUAAUGACAAGUUUAAAGAGAUACUUUCUGAAAAGGAUGAUGAUAUAAGUGACGAUGACACUAUAGAACUAGAUGUAGAUAUUGCUGAUGAAGUUGAUAUGGAAGAUUUGAUAAGGUUCGACAAUGUUCAAGAAAAUGGAAGAGGAGAUGAACAAAUAAAAUGUGUGAAUAAUGAAGAUACCUCGAUCUCUAAAGCUAAAGAAGUAAAUUCAAAUAUAAUGACUCAAACAAGGAAAGAUAAUUUUAGCCCUGAUAAUUCAUUAUUGUUCGACUCUCCUAAAAUCGUCAGUCUAUUCGAUUCUACAGUCUGCGACAACAAAUCCAAUAAAAGAGAAAAUCCAAAAAAACACAACAUAUUCAAGAGUAGUAAGCAAACUAAAAAUAAAGAUCGGUCACUAGAUAAAUCAAAGUAUUCAAUAAAAAAGAAAGAUAAAAAGAAAAAUAAUCAUACUAAAUCAAUACAGUUGAAUAUCGAAAUGCAGAAAAAGAUUGCAGAUAUGCUUGCAAAAGUAGAAGAACUUAAAAAUAAUUACUAUAAAAAGUCUUCAAAGACGCCAUUAGACUUCUCGAACAAUACUGUACCAUUGAAUAAUUCGAACGUUUGUCAUAACCAAAUGAAUAACAUAAAUCUUUUACCAAAUUAUACACCCAGACCACAAAUGUAUGAAUGGCAUCAAGAAAAUUAUGUAAACAUGCAUCCAUUAGCUACCAUGCAAGUUGGUAGGUCGAUAUUCUAUCAUUCAAACCUUCCAAUAGUAACAAGCCCCUACGCUCAAAUACCAUAUUAUUAUAAUAAUAUAAAUAAAGCUUUUAUGCAACCACCAAGACAAUUUUCAAGUAACAACAAUCUACACUUUGCACUUCAAAAUAACAAUUUUAAGAAUUUUCCUGAUCAGGCUACAACCAAUUUUACUAAGCCAAGAAGUUUAUCAUCAAUUAACUUCAUGAAACCACACUUACAAAAAUUGGCCAAAGCUAAUGAGAAUCCCAGAAGCGUUAAAAUAAGGCCGAUACAUAAUUAUGGAUUGUCCGCUAGCGUGAAGCAACAAGAAAUUGGAAGAACAACGUUAAAUGAUACGACAUCGCCACAGAAUAGUUACCAAGGUAAAAUUGUUCCCAAUAAAAUUAUGAAUGCCAAAAAUACUCCUCAUGAAACAAAUUUAAAAAGCAACGGCGUAGUCACUAAUAAACAUCCGACAGUAGUUAAGAUUCUCCAAAAUGGAAUAGCCCAAGAUAAUAAAGUGAAGCAACAAGAAAUUGGAAGAACAACGAUAAAUGAUACGACAUCGCCACAGAAUAGUUACCAAGGUAAAAUUGUUCCCAAUAAAAUUAUGAAUGCCAAAAAUAUUCCUCAUGAAACAAAUUUAAAAAGCAACAGUGUAGUCACUAAUAAACAUCCAGCAGUAGUUAAGAUCCUCCAAAAUGCAAUAGCCCAAGAUAAUAAACAAGUGAAUAAUGUACCAGAAACCAACAUUAAUAAGAAUUUAGAAGUAUGGACACUUCAACCUAACAAACAUAGCGCUGUUUCGACAAGUUUCCAUCCGGAUGAAAUUCAAGAAUUCCGGCGGAAAAUGUUUUUGUAUGAAAAUAAUCAAGUACCUCAGCAAAUACCUACCCUGCAAAAUCGUCAAAUAGUAGAACCUUUACAAGUGUUGCCAAAACCUCAAAAUAGUUCGGAAUAUAUAAAUCAUGUAAGUGCAGUACAAAACGUAACAGAACCCUGGCGGAUUCCAUUAGAAAAGAACACAGACAAAGAAGAAACUCAAAAAAAAUUGCUACCACAAAGUGUAAAAAUUGAAGCAAAAUCUCAAAACAGUUCUCCAAAGCAUAACGAUAAGUUUGAGCAAGACACUCAAAAGAUAAUCGAAGAGCCAAUAAAAAAAGAAGUCGCUAAAAAAGAAACUAAACCAACUAUAGGAGAAGAAAAGGUAAAAACAACGCCGUCUUUUGUAAAAAUACCAGCACACAGGCAAAGUCCGAAAAACACUAUAAUAUCGCCAUACCAAAGUCCUGUGCAAUGCGUAAAGGUAGAAACACACCAAAGCUCACCAAAGAUAGUUAAUAAGCGGAAAAUAGAAGAAUAUAGUAAGAUAGAAAUAAAAAAAAAAGAGGUUAACGUAAAACCAGCGCAACCUGCUAAACUAACACCAAAUCCAACGGAAUCGACUACAAAGAAAGCUGAAAAUUCACCCAAGCAAAACACCACUUAUGGAAGUCCUGCCUCUAGAUCGCUAUCAAAAGUUUCCAAGAAGGAAUAUUCACCACCAGUGCUGCCAAUACCCACCUUUAAGAAAACAUUUGAAAUGUUAGCUAAAUUGAAUCUUAUUAGUAAGUAUAAAUAUAAAAGAAGUCGGAAUAGUUUUAAAUAUGCGAUGUUUGAUCAGGACAAGAUGUUGUCAAAUAGAAGCAUUACCAAAGAUUUAAUGUAGAUAGAUUUAAUGAUAAAAUGUAAUUUAGGAGCUCACACCGAGAAGCGACAAGGCGCAGCCAUUUUACAUUGAAUAUUAUCAUUAACUACACGAUAAUAUAACGUUCAACUGCUGCACUCAGA